AUGGCGUAUCAACCGUUCGACGGGGUAAAUAUGGAUGCACAUUCCUUAUCUCCUCCUGAUGGGUCGGCCUGCAGCUCAAGCGGAUCCGAAACAAGUUUGAGUCCCACACCGUCGCCACAAGCGGUUUACUAUCCAACAGGACGCAGGAUAAGUCUAUCGUAUCAAAACCAGUGCCAGUCAUACAUGAAACGACUUUAUACAAACAGCAGGGAGCGAUGGAGGCAACAGCACGUCAACAUGGCUUUUGGAGAGCUUAGAAAACUACUACCGACUUAUCCGCCCGAGAGAAAACUUUCCAAAAAUGAGAUUUUAAGACUAGCGAUGAAGUACAUCCGAUUUUUGGAUGAUUUGGUCAAGGACAUGAGCGCCGAAAGCAACAAGGAAAAACACGACUCACACGAGAACUGUGAUGUAGGUCUAAAAAAGGAGCGAAGUGAACUUGAGCAAUUACCCUGCGAAGGAUAUCAGACAGGCUGUGAUCUUUCAUUAACGAAUGAUGCGAACUUUGAAAAUCGACCUUCCAGCACCGAUCUGAUAUUCGACUCGCCUUAG